UUUCUCCCUUGCUGUGUAACAGACGACGGAGUGAUCAGUGUGCAGAGAGCACUGUAUGGACGUGCAGACACUGUGACCUGCAGUGUGGGACUACCUCCAGCACUGCUUGCCAAUACACGGUGCUCUCAAGCAGGCACAGUGGAUGUCGUCAAGAAAAGGUGUGAUGGCAAGAGGGAGUGUGAACUAAACAUCAACGAUUUUUAUACCUCUGAUCCCUGCUCUGGUAUCUACAAAUACCUGGAAACCACCCACACCUGCCUCCCUGAAAUUCACCUUGUUGCCUGUGAGGGCUCUUUGGCAAAACUGUGUGGUCACAAGCAGGUUAUAUUUGUGUACGGUGCCAACUAUGGACGUAGUGACCAGACCACCUGCAUUUAUCAGCGGCCUCCCAAUCAAAUUCAAAAUGUUGCCUGUUCAAGCCCUGCAGGCAAAGUUUCAGACAGCUGUAAUGGAGAAAACCGCUGUAGCAUCGCAGCAAGUAACUCUGUGUUUGGAGACCCCUGUGUUGGCACUUACGAGUACCUGGAGGUGUCUUACAUAUGUAACAGUGACUGUCAGUAUCUUAAAUGCUUAUUUGGCUGUUCACUCUGGGACAGCCAAAAAAUCACGACCAAAGUAAAGCCAAUGUGAUGACUUAUCAGUUGCUUAAAUUGAAUAUUCCCUGUUUUGCAGAUCCUGGGA